UACACUUAAACUCACGGAUAUUAGAAGUGAUAUUAAGAACGUUUUUGAUAAUGUUAACAAUGAAUUGGACCAAUUAGAACAUGAACUCGAUCAACUCAUGGGCGAUGCUAUAAAGAUUUUCUAG